CUCUCUCUGGUCUCUUUUUUUUUUUUUGAUUAUGGGUUUCGUUUUCUUCAACUCCGAGAUAAUGAAAUUGGAUGUCUUUUCCUGAUUAUGCGUUUCGCUUCCCCUAUUUGAGUGAGAGACUGGAUGCUUCGUCUUCUAGGUCUUGUAAUUGGAGCUUUUUCUCAAUCCUUGUCAAAAAAACAAAAACAAAGUUGGAGCUUUCUCAAUCGUGUUCGUUUUAACCUUGGAAAGUUGAAUCCUUUUUAUGUUUCUCUAGGACCACAAGUAUCUUGUAAUUUAGCUAUGGAUUUGUUGAAUUGGAUUGUUAAAGUAUCUGUUUUGCGCUUUACAUCGUCGGCUACUUUACUACUGGGUUUCGCGGUUGGAUCUUUUCUAUGUUUCUUUAUAAAAAAAAAAGGAAACAGCUUUUUUCCCGUUCAUUGCGCCUACAGUGAUAUUUUCUUUUUCCUUUUUGUGAGGAUGAAUCAGAAUUAGCUUCUCAAUUACUAUACUUAAAAAUUGGACCCUUCUUCUUGUCUUCUCUCUUUCUUUGUUUGACUAAAUGGUUUACUUUGGUAGCUCAGAUUGAUUCUUCUGAAGUGAUUUAGAAGAUGUCUCAAAGAAGGGAACCUGAUCCGCCUCCGCCACAGAGGCGGAUUCUGCGGACUCAGACUGUUGGUAGUCUAGGAGAGGCUAUGCUUGAUAGUGAAGUGGUUCCAUCAUCUUUAGUGGAGAUUGCUCCCAUUCUUCGUGUGGCUAAUGAAGUUGAAGCUAGUAAUCCACGUGUUGCUUACCUUUGUCGGUUUUACGCGUUUGAGAAGGCACAUAGGCUUGAUCCAACUUCAGGUGGACGUGGUGUGAGACAGUUUAAGACCGCACUUCUUCAACGAUUAGAAAGGGAGAAUGAAACAACUUUGGCAGGAAGGCAAAAGAGUGAUGCGCGUGAAAUGCAGAGUUUCUAUCAACACUACUACAAGAAAUACAUCCAAGCUUUGCUUAAUGCUGCUGAUAUAGCUGACCGUGCUCAACUUACAAAGGCCUAUCAAACCGCUGCCGUUCUCUUUGAAGUCUUGAAGGCUGUUAAUCAAACAGAAGAUGUGGAAGUGGCUGAUGAGAUUUUGGAAACGCACAAUAAGGUCGAAGAGAAAACCCAGAUUUACGUGCCUUACAAUAUACUUCCCCUCGACCCUGAUAGUCAGAAUCAAGCUAUAAUGAGAUUGCCUGAGAUACAAGCUGCUGUGGCCGCUCUUAGAAACACAAGGGGCUUACCAUGGGCAGCAGGUCACAAGAAGAAACUUGAUGAAGACAUUUUAGACUGGCUUCAGUCUAUGUUUGGUUUUCAGGUGAUAAAAGACAACGUUUCGAAUCAAAGAGAGCACUUGAUCUUGUUACUUGCUAAUGUCCACAUUCGACAAUUUCCAAGACCUGAACAACAACCAAAGUUGGAUGAUCGUGCCUUGACCAUAGUGAUGAAGAAACUUUUCAGAAACUACAAAAAGUGGUGCAAGUAUUUGGGUCGGAAAAGCAGCCUUUGGUUGCCGACUAUUCAACAAGAGGUACAACAACGUAAAUUGCUCUACAUGGGACUUUAUCUUUUAAUAUGGGGAGAAGCUGCUAACCUGAGAUUCAUGCCAGAAUGCCUCUGUUAUAUAUAUCACCAUAUGGCUUUCGAGUUGUAUGGUAUGUUGGCUGGUAGUGUUAGUCCCAUGACAGGGGAGCAUGUAAAGCCAGCUUAUGGUGGUGACGAAGAAGCUUUCCUGCAGAAAGUAGUUACUCCAAUAUAUGAGACGAUAGCAAAGGAAGCAAAGAGAAGUAGAGGAGGAAAGUCAAAGCAUUCUGUGUGGAGAAACUAUGAUGACUUGAAUGAAUAUUUUUGGUCAAUUCGAUGUUUUCGUCUAGGCUGGCCUAUGCGGGCCGAUGCUGAUUUCUUUUGUCGAACAGCUGAAGAACUUCGAGUUGAAAGAAGUGAGAUAAAAUCAAGUAGUGGAGAUCGGUGGAUGGGCAAAGUCAAUUUUGUCGAGAUACGCUCCUUCUGGCACAUAUUUAGAAGUUUUGAUAGAAUGUGGAGCUUUUAUAUCCUGUGUUUGCAGGCAAUGAUUGUUAUUGCAUGGAAUGGAUCCGGAGAGUUGAGCGCCAUCUUUCAGGGUGAUGUCUUCCUAAAGGUUUUGAGCGUCUUCAUUACAGCAGCUAUACUAAAGCUUGCACAAGCUGUCCUUGACAUAGCCCUCAGCUGGAAGGCAAGACAUAGCAUGUCACUCUAUGUGAAACUCAGAUACGUCUUGAAGGUUGGUGCGGCUGCAGUAUGGGCUGUGGUCAUGCCAGUUACUUACGCAUACAGUCGAAAAGAUGCUUCUGGUUUUUCUCAGACCAUAAAGAAUUGGUUUGGGGGACACAGCCAUAAUUCACCUUCCCUUUUCAUAGUGGCUAUUCUUAUCUACUUAUCCCCAAACAUGCUUUCUGCGUUGCUUUUUCUGUUUCCAUUCAUUCGGCGUUAUCUUGAAAGGUCUGACUUUAAGAUAAUGAUGCUGAUGAUGUGGUGGUCUCAGCCUCGUCUGUAUAUAGGAAGGGGUAUGCAUGAGAGCGCCUUGUCACUUUUCAAGUACACAAUGUUUUGGAUCGUUUUGCUGAUUUCGAAGCUGGCAUUCAGUUAUUACGCUGAGAUUAAGCCCCUUGUUGGUCCAACCAAAGAUAUAAUGCGAAUCCAUAUAUCCGUCUACAGCUGGCAUGAGUUUUUCCCUCAUGCCAAGAGUAAUAUAGGCGUCGUCAUUGCGCUCUGGUCGCCAGUUAUUCUCGUUUAUUUCAUGGACACUCAAAUAUGGUAUGCUAUAGUUUCAACUCUGGUUGGAGGUUUAAAUGGAGCUUUCCGCCGUCUUGGAGAGAUCCGAACACUUGGAAUGUUGAGGUCGAGAUUUGAGUCCAUACCAGGGGCCUUUAAUGAUUGCUUGGUACCACAUGAUAAGAGCGAGGAUACAAAGAAAAAGGGAUUUAGGGCGACCUUCUCUCGCAAGUUUGAUCAGAUUCCAUCUAAUAAAGACAAGGAAGCGGCGCGGUUUGCUCAGAUGUGGAACAAAAUAAUCAGUAGUUUCCGAGAAGAGGACUUGAUUAGUGAUAGGGAAAUGGAACUUUUGCUUGUGCCAUAUUGGUCUGACCCUGAUUUGGAUCUUAUCCGGUGGCCACCUUUUCUACUGGCUAGUAAGAUCCCAAUAGCUUUGGAUAUGGCUAAAGACAGCAACGGAAAAGACCGUGAACUGAAAAAGAGAUUGGCUGUUGACAGCUACAUGACUUGUGCAGUUAGAGAGUGCUAUGCCUCUUUUAAGAAUCUCAUUAAUUAUUUAGUUGUUGGAGAACGAGAAGGACAGGUCAUAAACGACAUUUUCUCCAAGAUUGAUGUACAUAUUGAGAAAGAAACACUGCUAACAGAACUGAACCUGAGUGCCCUUCCUGAUCUGUAUGGCCAGUUUGUUCGGCUAAUCGAAUAUUUGCUGCAAAACAGGGAGGAGGACAAGGAUCAAAUUGUAAUUGUCUUGCUGAACAUGUUAGAAGUGGUGACUAGAGAUAUCAUGGAAGAAGAAGUCCCAAGCUUACUAGAGACUGCCAACAAUGGAGCUUAUGUCAAGUACGACUUCAUGACUCCUCUUCAUCAACAGCGCAAAUAUUUCAGCCAACUUCGAUUCCCAGUUUACUCUCAAACAGAAGCGUGGAAAGAAAAAAUUAAGAGGCUUCAUCUUUUGCUUACUGUCAAGGAGUCAGCUAUGGAUGUUCCGUCCAACUUGGAAGCUCGAAGGCGUCUUACUUUCUUUUCAAAUUCACUAUUCAUGGACAUGCCUGCUGCACCCAAGAUCCGCAACAUGCUUUCCUUCUCGGUCCUGACACCAUACUUUUCAGAGGAUGUUCUUUUCUCCAUAUAUGGCUUAGAACAGCAAAAUGAAGAUGGAGUCUCUAUACUUUUUUACUUGCAGAAGAUCUUCCCAGAUGAAUGGACAAACUUUUUGGAACGAGUUAAAUGUGGCAACGAAGAAGAACUAAGAGGAAGAGAGGAUUUGGAAGAGGAGCUUCGUCUCUGGGCAUCUUACAGAGGCCAAACUCUGACUAAAACUGUGCGAGGCAUGAUGUAUUACCGAAAGGCUUUGGAACUUCAGGCCUUCCUUGAUAUGGCAAAGGAUGAAGAACUAUUGAAAGGCUACAAGGCUCUUGAGUCAACCAGCGAAGAAGCAUCAAAGAGCGGAGGGUCACUCUGGGCACAAUGUCAAGCACUUGCGGAUAUGAAGUUCACCUUUGUGGUUUCUUGCCAACAGUACAGUAUUCAUAAGAGAUCUGGCGACCAACGUGCUAAAGACAUAUUGAGACUUAUGACAACGUAUCCGUCUAUUCGUGUUGCCUAUAUAGAUGAGGUGGAGCAAACACAUAAAGAAAGUUAUAAGGGCACAGAGGAGAAAAUUUAUUACUCUGCUCUUGUGAAAGCUGCUCCACAGACCAAACCAAUGGAUUCUUCUGAAUGUGUUCAAACACUAGAUCAGCUCAUUUAUCGGAUCAAGCUCCCGGGACCGGCUAUACUAGGAGAGGGAAAACCAGAAAAUCAAAACCAUGCUAUCAUUUUUACACGCGGAGAAGGGUUGCAGACAAUAGACAUGAACCAGGAUAACUACAUGGAAGAAGCUUUCAAAAUGAGAAACUUGCUGCAAGAGUUUCUUGAAAAGCAUGGAGGCGUAAGAUGUCCUACGAUUCUUGGUCUUAGAGAGCAUAUUUUCACUGGAAGUGUGUCGUCUCUUGCAUGGUUUAUGUCAAAUCAAGAGAACAGCUUUGUCACGAUUGGGCAAAGGGUGCUAGCUAGUCCCCUGAAAGUACGAUUCCAUUACGGUCAUCCAGAUAUCUUUGAUCGGCUGUUUCACCUUACCAGAGGUGGUAUCUGCAAAGCUUCUAAAGUCAUCAAUCUUAGUGAAGACAUAUUUGCAGGUUUUAAUUCUACUCUGCGUGAAGGAAAUGUGACUCAUCAUGAAUAUAUACAAGUUGGUAAAGGAAGAGAUGUGGGUCUUAACCAGAUCUCAAUGUUUGAAGCAAAAAUCGCUAAUGGAAACGGCGAGCAAACUUUGAGUCGCGACCUGUAUAGACUGGGACACCGAUUUGAUUUCUUCCGGAUGCUGUCUUGUUAUUUCACCACAAUUGGGUUCUACUUCAGUACCAUGUUAACCGUGCUUACGGUUUAUGUGUUUCUUUACGGCCGGCUAUAUCUAGUACUUAGUGGGCUUGAAGAAGGGUUGAGCAACCAACGAGCUUUUCGUAACAACAAGCCUCUUGAGGCAGCUCUUGCUUCUCAAUCAUUUGUGCAGAUUGGUUUUUUGAUGGCUUUGCCCAUGAUGAUGGAGAUUGGACUUGAGAGGGGGUUCCAUAACGCAUUGAUCGAGUUUGUGUUGAUGCAGUUACAACUUGCUUCCGUCUUUUUCACGUUUCAGCUCGGGACAAAAACACAUUACUACGGAAGGACGCUGUUUCAUGGAGGCGCGGAAUACAGAGGAACUGGACGCGGGUUUGUGGUCUUCCACGCGAAGUUUGCUGAGAACUAUAGAUUCUAUUCCCGUAGUCACUUCGUGAAGGGCAUCGAGCUAAUGAUUCUUCUACUAGUGUAUCAGAUAUUUGGUCAAUCAUAUAGGGGUGUGGUUACUUAUAUUCUGAUCACUGUUUCCAUAUGGUUCAUGGUGGUGACAUGGCUCUUUGCUCCUUUCCUUUUCAACCCGUCUGGUUUCGAGUGGCAAAAGAUUGUUGACGACUGGACAGACUGGAACAAAUGGAUAUAUAACCGAGGAGGGAUCGGUGUCCCUCCUGAGAAGAGUUGGGAGUCUUGGUGGGAGAAAGAAUUAGAGCAUCUUAGACACUCGGGGGUCCGUGGUAUCAUCCUUGAAAUCUUUUUGGCCUUCCGCUUCUUCAUCUUUCAGUACGGACUUGUGUAUCACCUCAGUACCUUUAAAGGGAAAAAUCAAAGCUUUUGGGUUUAUGGAGCGUCAUGGUUUGUGAUCUUGUUCAUUCUACUGAUAGUGAAGGGUUUGGGCGUUGGAAGGCGAAGAUUCAGCACGAAUUUUCAGCUUCUGUUCAGAAUCAUAAAGGGUCUUGUGUUCCUCACAUUUGUAGCGAUUCUAAUAACUUUCCUCGCACUUCCUCUGAUAACGAUCAAAGACUUAUUCAUCUGCAUGCUUGCCUUCAUGCCAACCGGAUGGGGAAUGCUUCUCAUUGCACAAGCUUGCAAGCCUCUGAUCCAACAUCUAGGGAUAUGGUCAUCGGUUAGGACGCUAGCUCGAGGAUACGAGAUCUUGAUGGGCUUGCUUCUGUUCACACCGGUUGCGUUUUUGGCUUGGUUUCCUUUCGUGUCUGAGUUUCAGACAAGAAUGCUCUUUAACCAAGCGUUUAGUAGGGGUUUGCAAAUUUCUCGUAUUCUUGGUGGUCAAAGAAAAGACCGGUCUUCAAAAAACAAGGAGUAACAUAUACACACAUUCAUGUAAAUGGCGUAUGUGUAGAUAUAAUGCAUGAUCUGUGUUAUUGUUUGCUUUCCAAGUAAUUUACAGUUAGAAACCGUAUAACUUUAAUAUAUGUUAACUAUUUUCCUUAAGUUCGAAUUCAUUAUACAGUAAUAGAAAGCGAGACGUAUCUUUUUUCA